AUGGACAGGUUCACCACCAAAUUCAAGACGACAGUGUUGACAGUACUCAACACACCAGCUGCAUGGAUCUUCCGCUGUCCCUCACCUGCUACAGUGAGAACUGAUACUUGUACCACUGAAGAGUUUAAUGAAAUCAUGAAUGGAUUCUUCCAAGCUGAAGCUGAUAACUCAACUGAAGAAGAUGUUGAUGAAGGAGAUGAUUUUAAUGAAGAUGUUGACGAUCUUGAAUCUAAUGAAAUUGAAGAAGGCGAUGAUGAUCUGAAACUCAGAGCUGUCGACUGGCGUAAAAGGGGUUUGGUUACUCAAAUGAAAAGCCAGGUGGGGCCCUGUGGCUCUUGCUGGGCUUUCAGCAUGACUGGUGCCAUUGAAGGACAAUGGGCAAAGCAAGGAUCCUGCAAGUUUCAGAAAAGUAAUAUUGUUGCCAAAGUCGCCAGAUACAGAAACAUACAAAGAGGAGAACGUUGUUUAGCGAGGGCUUCGAGAAGAAUUGGACCAAUCGCUGUUUCGCUUAAUGCUCGUCCAAAGACCUUCCACUUCUAUAAACAAGGAGUUUACGCUGAUCCAAGUUGCACCCAACGCCGCGGCCAUGCAGUGCUCUUGGUUGGAUAUGGAAGGGAGCGUAGAAUGAACUAUUGGCUGGUUAAGAACAGUUGGGGGACAGAAUGGGGUGGAGAAGGUUACAUCAAAAUCGCUAAGGAUAAGGGAAAUCUGUGUGGAAUUGCCAACUAUGCAGUCUAUCCAACAGUGAAAAGGAGAAUGUGUAAAAUCGCAGUUUCUUCUGACUCAGCCAGAAAGAAAGAGGGAACCAUUUCUGCUGAUGUUGACUCAUUCAAUGCCAUUACUUUCGCUGCCUGCUGCAAUUUGAAAAGUGGGAUAAUAUCAGCUUCUGCACAUUUCUAUAGCUUCACAUAA